CAGAGGAUAAGGGUGAUGUGGGAUCAGGGUUAGCGAGAGAUUAACCACAUGGACAUCUAUAAAGCUCCAGUGUAAUCCGCACAGUGAAGAGACAGAUUCAGAGCAGCACAACUACUCUAUACGCUGCUUUUUGUUCAUAAUUUGCUGUGAUUUGGGCCUCACAUGAGGCAGAAGAGGAGCUGAGAAUUUUGGAGUUUGGGAUUUUAAAGAAGCUACCAACUGGAAAACUUCAUAGCUGUAAUUUUGGAAGAGUCUAAACUUUCAAAUUAUCAGCAAAACAAGGGACCAAAAAGGAUAAAAUCAUGAAAAAGGAAAAGCAGGGCAACAACGACAAUGAACCCCCCACUUACCAAGAGGCCACAGCAGGCUAUGAGGACAUGGAGGCCCAGUUCGCCUGGGACGACAAGGUCAUCAGGCAGACUUUCAUCAGGAAGGUCUACGCCAUUCUCAUGGUUCAGCUCUUGGUGACUGUAGGAAUUAUAUCCCUUUUUACAUUUUGUGCACCUGUCAGGUAUUAUAUUCAGACUCACCCUGGAUUGUACAUGGCAUCUUAUCUCAUGUUCUUUGCCACCUACAUUGCACUUUCCUGCUGUGGAGACCUGAGGAGGCAGUUUCCCUGGAACAUAAUUCUGUUAGUUCUCUUUACUUUGAGCAUGGCCUUCAUGAUGGGAUUUGUAUCAAGCUUUUACAACACUAAGUCUGUGGUUCUCUGUGUGGGAAUCACAGCUCUGGUGUGUCUUUCUGUCACCAUCUUCAGCUUCCAGACUAAGAUUGAUGUUACGUCCUGUCAGGGUGUGCUGUUCUCUUUGUGUAUAGUCAUGCUUCUUUGUGCCAUCACCAUCUCCAUUGUCGUCCCUUUCGGAUAUGUCCCAUGGUUACAUGCCACUUACGCUGUAGGAGGAGCCAUUCUCUUCACUCUGUUCUUGGCGUUCGACACUCAAAUGCUGUUAGGAAAUAAGCGCUACACUAUAAGUCCAGAGGAAUAUAUUUUCGCCACACUUGCCAUCUACCUGGACAUCAUCUACCUGUUCAGCUUCCUGCUACAAAUAACAGGAGGCGGCCGAGACUGAAAUCAUUCAUCUAAACUAUUUAUAAGCUAUAUACAGUAUAUGUGUCUCAAAACUGGACUAUUCCAAAGCUUUAACUCAAUCAUCUGGUUGGAUUUAUUAAAGAACUACAUGAGGAUUAUACAUUUUUGAUGGAUCACCUUGUUAUUUGCUUGGUAUUUUCUCUUAUGCAGUCUUAUGCUGGUUUUGUCACGACACUCCUGUAAUGCACUGACCCAUUACCUCACCAUUAUUGUUUACUGUACUCCGGCCAUUCCUCUUUAUCUGAUUUGUAUUGCUCCAGUUGGCUGCUGUGAACUCAUCAUAUUACAGUGCGUCAUUAGUUGUACACUCAUUACACCCAUAAGUAGAUAAAAUCACCCACAGACAGAGUUGAGCAUCAGAUAUUUUCUUGUUUUUCUACUUAUCCAUCAGUGAUUCUAAAAUCUGCACUUUUAAGCUUUAGACUCUUAUAAAAACUCACUGCCUCACAAGUGGUGUAGACGCAGGUUUUGUAUUUAUUUAUUUUUUUUGUAUGAUGAUGUGAUGUAGCUGAAAAGAUUAAUCUUUUACUAUAUGUGUGUAAGAUAUUUUCAUACGAAUGUCUCUUUUAGAGCAUGGAUGUUUUGUCUGUUUGUGUAUACCCUGAACUAAUGUAUUUCAAGUCGCUUCAAGACAUCUGAGGCUGACAUACAACACUGAUUGUAUGUGUAACGUGUACAGUACAUUUAGCUGUUAGAAAUCAGUUGCAAUUUGCAUUGUAACUUUAAUGUGGCCUUUGGGAUGUAAAAAAAAAAAAAAAAAUGAAGAAGAAAAUCAAUACCAGGUUUGUGUAUAAAGCUCUGAACAUGUCUGGCAAGUUAAUAUUUUUGUAAAGACAAUGAGCAGUGUACAUCUGAUGCUGUCGUUACUAAAAUAAAGGAGAUCGUAAUCAA